ACCGCCGCCGAACCGAGCCCCUUUGGCCCCGAUGCUGGAGUUUGUCUCCGCCCAGACGGGGGUUCCCGUUGUUGCCGUCGGGGGAGGGGCCAGCCUGGGAAGAGAGCCACAGGAAAGUGGCUCCAUCUACCUCCAGUUCACCUGCUCCACGUCGCUCCAACUCGAGGUCAUCUUCGAGGUGCUUGAAGAGUACGACUGGACCGCCUUCUCUGUGGUCACCACCCGUCACCAUGGCUACGAGGACUUCCUGGCCAUGGUGGAGGGUAUGACGGAUGGCUCCUUCAUUGGCUGGGAAAAGAAAAGUGUGGUGAUUCUAAACGUGACGGAUGAUCCUGGAGGAGCUCGAACCAAACGGCUGCUCAAAGACAAUGAAGCCCAGGUGCGUCUGCUGUACUGCUCUCUGGAGGAGGCCGAGCUGGUUUUCAAAGCGGCCUGGGCAUCAGGGCAGGCCGGGCCCAGUCACAUGUGGUUCGCCGUGGGACCGGCCCUUUCCGGUCUUGGCCUGGAGGGGCUGCCAAAGGCCUUGUUCGCCAUACGGCCGCAGGGCUGGAGGGACGAGCCGCGCAGGCGCAUUGCCAAAGGCGUCUCCGUGCUCACCCAUGGGGCGAUGGCUCUACGGAGGGACCAGGGAGCCAACAGCCGGUCACAGUACGCCGGCAACUGCCAGAGCGAUGGCAACCAGACCCACCGAGUGCCAGACAGAAUCAGGUACUUCACCAACAUAUCCAUUGGUGGGCGGGACUACUCCUUCAACAGUGACGGCUACCUGUCCAAUCCGCUGCUGGAUGUCAUCUCCUACGCCAAUGGGAGGGGCUGGGAGGAGGUUGGCUGGUGGGAAAACGGCCACCUGCGUCUCCGUUUCCAUUCCUGGUCUCGUUACGGCUCCUUCCUGAAGCCUCUGGAUGACGCCCAGCACCUCCGCGUGGUCACUUUAGAAGAAAGGCCCUUUGUCAUCGUGGAACCGGCUGACCCAGGGACCAGCUCCUGCAUCAGGGACUCUGUCCCCUGUCGAAUGCCCGUCAACACCAGUCUGGUGGUGGAGGGCAGCGGGCACAUGAAACACUGCUGUAAAGGUUUCUGCAUCGACGUCCUCAAGAGACUGGCAAAAAUAGUUGGUUUCACCUACGACCUUUACCUUGUGACUAAUGGGAGGCACGGGAAGAACAUCGAUGGGGAGUGGAACGGCAUGGUCGGAGAGGUGGUGUCCAACCGGGCUGACAUGGCCAUCGGUUCUCUCACCAUAAACGAAGAAAGGUCAGAGGUCGUAGAGUUCUCAGUCCCGUUCGUGGAGACGGGAAUCAGCGUCAUGGUUUCCAGGAGUAACGGCACUGUGUCGCCGUCUGCUUUUCUGGAGCCCUACAGCCCGGCCGUGUGGGUGAUGAUGUUUGUGAUGUGCCUGUCGGUGGUGGCUGUCACCGUCUUCAUCUUUGAGUUCUUCAGCCCCGUUGGAUACAACCGCAGCCUGCAGAGCGCCAAAAAAUCAGGUGGAUCAAAGUUCACCAUCGGGAAGUCCGUGUGGCUGCUGUGGGCGCUGGUCUUCAAUAACUCUGUGCCUGUGGAGAAUCCCAGAGGAACCACCAGCAAGAUCAUGGUUCUGGUGUGGGCCUUCUUCGCUGUCAUCUUCCUGGCCUCCUAUACUGCCAACCUGGCUGCCUUCAUGAUCCAGGAAGAGUACAUCGACACAGUGUCAGGGCUGUCCGAUAAGAAGUUCCAGCAACCAACUGAGCAGUACCCGCCACUGCGAUUUGGCACAGUGCCAAACGGCAGCACUGAGGAGAACAUCCGCUCAAACUAUCCCAACAUGCACCAGUACAUGAUCCGCAACAACCAGAAGGGCGUGGAGGAGGCCAUCGACAACCUAAAGACUGGGAAGCUGGAUGCCUUCAUUUAUGAUGCUGCGGUGCUGAACUAUAUGGCCAGGAAGGACGAGGGCUGUAAGGUGAUGACUAUCGGCUCUGGGAAGGUGUUCGCCACAACAGGUUACGGCAUCGCACUGCACAAGAACUCCCGCUGGAAACGUCCACUAGACCUGGCUUUGCUGCAGCUGGUCGGAGACGAUGAGAUCGACAUGUUGGAGCGUCUCUGGCUGUCGGGUAUCUGCCACAAUGACAAGAUUGAGGUUAUGAGCAGCAAGCUGGACAUAGACAACAUGGCGGGAGUCUUCUACAUGCUGCUGGUAGCCAUGGGGCUGAGCCUUUUAGUCUUUGCCUGGGAACAUCUGGUUUACUGGAAACUGAGACACUGCAUGAAGAGAUCAGGCGGGAUGGAUUUCCUUCUGGUGCUCAGCAGGGGGAUGUACAGUUGCUGCCAGUUUGAGGACGAGACCACACCAGGAGGCACUUUGCCCCAGUACCACACCAUGACCACGAUGCCUUCAGGACCCCAACAACACCUUGUAACAGCCACAGUAAACAAUACGACUGCCAUUGCCAUGGUGCAGCAGCAACAACAGCAAAAGCACCACCCACAACAGCAACAGGGGCAGACCUACACCACCAUGCUUCCUGGAUCACCCCCUGCCACAGGACACUCAGCAAUGGCUCUGGGACCCUCAAACAGCCCUUUACUAGAAGGCCCCAUGCCCUGCUCCACCUUCUUGCCUCGGCAUGAUCGUAGACUUGCAGUGGUAGAUCGGUGGAACAGACCAAAACCAGAGAAAGUCUUGAGCCAAGGCAGUAGUGGUGGUGGUGUGGGCAUAGGGGGGAUUGCUGGAGGAAUCACUGAAAUCCAGGCUCAGCAGCAGUUCCAGCAAAACCUUGGGCCACAUUGGAGCAUGCAAGGAGGAGUUGUAGGCGGAGCAGGAGGAGCAGACACAGGGCUAGAUGAAUAUAAGCGCUAUUAUGGUCCUAUAGACCCAGAGGGGCUAGGAGCUACCUCUGAACAACACGCAGGAGGCACCCAGCAGACUCCCAAAGCUAAUCCUCGAGGCUCAAAAGCCUCAGGGAUGCCACGCCUGCCUCCGAAGGGUCCUCAGCAAGGCCCUGGAAAUCUAAUCUCUAAGCCACCUCCACCUCUGCCAUCUUCCCCACGAAGACCGCCUUUCUGGCGAAGAGGAAGCCUAGCUCAAGCAAGGAGGAAAGGAUCAGGAGGCCCGCUUUAUGAGAAUAUACUCCCCCUUGGACGGCGAGGUGGUGGAAGGUAUGGGGAUGGAGCUGGACGGAGAGGGCGACGUCCUCCGCCACCUCCUCCUCUACCUGUCCCCCUUUCUUCUCCAACCCACACCCCUACCACACCCUCCUCCCCAUGUCGUUUCUACUCUACCUGCUCCAGUGCCUCGUCCUCUUCCUCUUCUUCUACAUCAUCAUCAUCCUCUUCGUCAUCCUCCGUCUCACUCUCUCGCUCAAAUUCCCUCUCCUCUUGCUCCAGUGACAGCUCCUACAACUCGUCACUGAGUUUCCGGUAUAGAGCAGGUGACCGGGAAUUUACGGUGGAUGACGACUAUGACUCCGAUUUGCUCACGGAGGAGUCCAGCCUACUUUUGGGGUCAAGGAGGAAGAUUCGUUCACGCCGUAUGUCAUCACGCUCACUGCCUUGCAGCCCGCCACCUCCACCAAUCCCACCCCGAAAACCGCGCCCUCUGAGAGAUUAUGGCAGGGAAAGAACAGGCAGCCAGUUAGCCCAGUUACAAGAGUGGUGGGCAUCAUGGGGAGACAGAGAGCGAGUAAGGGGAGGAACGACAAGCAGGGGAGAUGGAGGAGUGGGUAGAGAUGAGAAGAGGCACAACAAAGAGAGGGAGCAUGAGAGGAAGAGGAGGAAGAAAGGUCGAAAGAAGAAGAAGAGAGAGGAGAGGGAGAGGGAAAGGGAGCGAAAACGACGCAAAGCAAAGAAGAAGAGGAAGAAAGAGGACAAGACAAGGAAGAGAGAGCGAAAGAGAUCAGAGCAGGAGGGGGGAGAUGGUGAGAAAAGAGAGGAACUCAAAUCAGGGACCCCAGACUACCCAUCAUACCCGCCCCUGAGACGAGAGUCUUUUAGAAAAAAGAGCGAAAGCUCAAUCAGAAGCUACGGAUGGAACAUCCCAGGUGAUGACGAGAGGAAGGACCGCAACGAAAAAGAGAGAGAGGAUGCGGAGGAUAGCAGAGGGAAAGAGAGACACCACAGACGAAGGAACAGCAAGCACUAUCAUAGCUCUAGCAGUAAGCCUUCAACAUCUGUCAAGUUCUGGGGAGGGGGAAACCCAUCCUCUGACACUAUUCCAUCUGCCUUUCUGCCCUUGUUGCCUGUUUCCUCCAAAAGGAGGAAAAGUAAAAGUUCAGACAGGGAUGCUGUGGGAAUGGAGGGAGAGAGGAGGCCAUUGUUAGGAAGGACUGGGAGAGGUGAGAUGCACUCCAAGGAAGGGUUGUCCUUUCAUGAGUGGGAGUCUGAAGUAGAGGCUGAGGAGGAAGAUUCUGAGAUGGAGAGGAGGAAAACAGAGCGUGGAAAGAGGCGUGGAGGAGGAAGGACAAUGUCUGAUGAGGAGCGGGAACGUGAUAAGGUCAUCGGCAUAUAUUCAGAUGAUGAUGGAUCUUCUGGAGAGUUUGGGAAGUUUGAGCGCGAGGAGAUAGGUGGGGGACAGCAGAAAGUGGAUGGGGGUCCAGUGGAGGUGGUGGUGGAGGAGAUGGGGGAGAAAGAGGGUGGGGAUCAGGAUCACACUGGCCUCCUCCUCCUUUGA